UACUCUAUGAUCAGCCCUCACUUUCACAUUAGCCCAUCGCCUGUUAACAAGCACCUCCGUCCAGAAACACAGCAACAAGAACAAGACAUCAACAUGAUGGAUGAAAUCGAACUCCAGCUUUGUCUGAGCAUUGACCCAACCCCAAUAUCGACCCCAAUUAAAGAGACCGAUAACCAGAAGGAAAAGCAGAAAAGGACUUCACAGCAAGGUCAGACCCAGCAGCUUCAGAUCCUAGGGGCGAAACGUCUGGCGGAGAACUUGGUGAAUCAUGGUGAAAGUGGCACUGGAGAAGAGGGAAGAGGGUUAACCCAUCGGGACAUCUCACCGAACUUCGGAGAUGGAGAUGGAGAUGGAGAUGGGGAUAAUAACAGGAUACCAAACGGACUAUGGAGUGAAGAAAGCAAUGACCACCUAGGCUACUUACAACUCCCGCCGCGGAAGAAAGUCCGGACGUUAUUCGCCUGGGACCCAGAAUCAACAUGUCAAACCAUGUCCGAAGGUAGUGCCAGCGCUGAAUCUGAUACGGACAAGGAUAAGAACCAUACACCAAACCAUGCAGCACAAAGCGCGGACGUAUUUGACCCUAUGUCUUUAUGCCAUCCUCUUGGCGACACUAAACCUCCUUCAAGCGAGGAACCAGGGGAAUACAUGCACGCCUUGAUAGCCAGCCUUCAGCUAUUGAACCAUCCGCAUCCGCAUCCAGACCCACCGGAUAUCCCGCGACGGCCUCAACGGUUCGAGAUCUACGAAGAUCCAGACGACAUGGAUACUGAUGGGGUGGGGUUUUUCAAUGUCGAUCUCAACACUGCAUGGUAUCUAUCGCCGGAUGAGAACAAAGAGAACGCCGAGGAAGAUGCUAACGGCAAUCGCCAGCACAAUCACGGGAAUCUCAGUCGGGUUCAAAGUCAGAGACAUCGUCAGGUUACAUAA